AAUGAAAAGCAGCGCAAUAAUUUUUUGCAAAAGGUUGGAUUCCUAAUACUGACGUAUUUAUUAAUUUAUGCUUUUUUCUCUCUCCUCAACCCGUCAAACAUCAACCGUAAAUACACCUCCGCCACGACGACCUCCGCCACCGCCACUUCACCACCUAAUCAUUCCUAAUUUCUCAACAAUCGAAAGGGGGAACCGAAUCAAGGACCAUCAAGGCACAUCAUCAUAGUUUUGGACUCACCGGUGUCGGAAAAUCAUGCUUAUCCUCCAAUCAUCCUCCAUGUCGGGGGAAAAUUCAGUGAAUAUUUAUGUUAGAACAGAUCGGGUCUUGUAUGAGCUACCCUAAAUAACCAUAUUAAGGCAUUGAUCUAUUAGGUAAAAUGGAAGCCAAGGUCGCAAAGGUAUUGGAUAGUAAUAGCCAAAGCGUUAUGCUUGGUCUGAAAAGAAAACGAGCAUCCCGUUAUGCAGCAUAUUUCGCUGAAGCUUCUCGCAUUACCUCACCUGAGUGGCCAACUGUGCGUUUUUCAACCUAUAAGCCUAGGAAACAGAGGAGACUAACUGGAAGCCGAAGCAAGGUUGUGAGCUGUGGGUGUCAUUUUAGAAGAUCUUUGCUUCGGUGUUAUUCCAAUUUUAUGAGGACUGGGGUGCUGCUACGUCUUAUGUUUUAUCAGAAUGGUGAAUGGACUGAUUUUUCUCCAGAUAUUGUUGCUUUGGUUAGGAAGGAUCUUCAAGAGAGGAAACCGGCUAUUGAGCUUGAGUUAGAGGGCCAACGCUGUAUGCUGGAUCUCUUGCAUAUGUUUCUAGUGGACAUGAAGACGGGUUUUCAGCAACCAAUUGCUUGGAUUGAUGAGAAAGGUGGCUGUUUCUUUCCGGAAAUUUUCAUUGACAACAGGGAGCCACAAGCGUGCUGCCAGCAUAAUUGUGUGAAUGACCAAGGACCUACAUUUAGAGAGCCUAAAGUACCUCAUGAGAUAAGGUUGCAGCUGGAAAUUGACAUAAAUGGACUGGAUCAUUGUCAGUCUAAGUUAGAGUGCAGUGGAGAGUCGGAUGCUUUUGUCAAGCAUAUUGAAAUUGUUCAAAAUCCUAUGAGUGUGAAUGUUGUGGAAGUUGAGGAUAAUUGCAACAGGAAGCCCGAUGAACAAAUUAGUCAAUUUUUUGAGGAAAAUCAACAUAUUAAAACAAAUGUAUCCACUGGAAUUGAAUCUGUUAAUGAAAAGUUGGAUUCUGAUACUGUACAAAAUAUGUUUCUUACAGGCAUGAAGAAUUUUAGUGUUACUGACAUACUUGAUAUUCGUCGUUGCUCUAGUACUCCAAUGCAAGCCCAAUUGGAGAUUUUCCAGAAGCAGAUUGAACUAACAAAAAGGUGUCGUGGUGAUGCAAAUGUUCGAUAUGCUUGGCUUGCUUCCUCUAAAGCAUUACUAUCUACAGUAAAGUUGUAUGGACUUGGAAAUUGCGGGCAAUCCGCAAGUAAGUCCAAAUAUGGCAUUGGUGUUCAUCUGUAUGCAGCAAACUGCUGUGAAUCCAGUGCAAAUUUUUGUGAUGUUGACGAAAAUGGAGUGCGGCACAUGGUACUUUGUCGUGUAAUAUUGGGAAAAAUGGAGCUUGUUCAACCUGGGAGUCAGCAGUGGUAUCCCAGUAGUGAGAAUUUUGAUAGUGGUGUUGAUGACCUUCAAAAUCCAAGCCAGUAUAUAGUCUGGAGUAUGAAUAUGAACACCCAUAUUUAUCCAGAAUUUGUUGUUAGUUUCAAGAGCUCUUCUCAUGCUGAAGGGAUUUUGGCUGGAACUGAUAUAAAACAUGAUGUUUCUGGUAUCACUACAUCUUCACAAGGUGCUCAGCAAAAUGUACCAAAUGAGUCUCCUGUUGAUCUGAACCUGCCAGUAGAAUCUCCUGAUUUGAAUCUACCAACAGAGUGCCCUAUAGCUGGCCUGGGAAGUGUGAGCCAACCAGAAUCUGGGGGAUCUCUGGGAAAAGCUCCAAGUUUUGGUUCAAAUAAUACAAGGACCCCUAAAUCCCCUUGGAUGCCUUUUCCUAUGUUGUUUUCUGCAAUCUCAAGUAAAGUCCCUCGUGCAGAAAUGGAACGUGUAACUACUUAUUAUGAACAAUUCCAGGCCAAGAAGAUAAGCAGGGGAGAUUUUAUCAAAAGGUUGAGAUUAAUAGUUGGAGAUGCCUUACUGAAGUCAACAAUAACAAGUCUUCAAUGCAAGAUACCAUUGGUGGGAACAGGCACAGUCAAAUCAACUGCAGAAGGUUAAAGUGGGUUUGAUGGAUGGAGAUGCUCUACUGACGCCCAGUGUUGGAAUUUUAGGUAAAGCUUUGCUUGUGUGCUUGAAUGUGUCGACAUGGAAGUUGUUAAUGUAAAUGACUGUUUUGGGCUUGUUGGUUUAAGUUAUAUUGAAACAGGCUACUCAAAACAUGCUAGUUUAUGGGAUUGAAUGGAUUGCAAGAGUUAAUUGGCGUA